AAGGCAGGCUACAGCCCCCCUGCCUCGCGGCGUCACUCCCGCGCCGCUCGGCGCGUGUCGGGGUAUCUUCGCUUGCGAGUAAGUGUUUCGCCGGUCGCCCCUUCGCCCGGCUUCAGCCACUACCUGAGGGGGUCGAGCGGCCCGGCGGCUCGGAGACCCAGUGCGCGUCGCGAGAGCUCAGAAGCAGCGGACAGGGAGGCCCGUGCGCAGCCCUGGGCGGACGCACCGCUGUUUGGGGGUCCUCAGAGCGCGGCGUAGGAGUCGCUUCAUCAUGAGAAAUCUAAAGUUAUUUCGGAGCUUGGAGUUCAGGGAUAUUCAGGCUCCAAGGAAACCUCAGUGCUUCUCUCUCCGAACUGAACAAGACACAGUGCUCCUUGGCUCAGAACAUGGACUGAUAGAAGUAGACACUGUCACAAGAGAGGUGAAAAAUGACACUCCUUUGGUGGCAGAAGUCUUUCUCCCAGAGGAUGGAAGUGGCUGCACUGUUGGUAUUCAGGAGUUGCUGGAUCACGAGUCUGUGUGUGUGGCCACAGCCUCUGGAGAUGUCCUACUUUGCAAGCUCAACACACACCAGCUGGAAUGUGUCGGGAGUGUAGCCAGUGGUAUCUCUGUCAUGAGUUGGAGUCCUGACCAAGAACUGGUGCUUCUUGCCACAGGUCAACAGACCCUAAUUGUGGUGACAAAAGAGUUUGAACCAAUCAUGGAACAGCAAAUCCACCAGGAUGAUUUUGGUGAAAGCAAGUUCAUCACUGUUGGCUGGGGCAGGAAGGAGACGCAGUUCCAUGGAUCAGAAGGCAGGCAAGCCGCCUUUCAGCUGCAGAUGCACGAGUCUGCUUUGCCCUGGGAUGACCAUAGACCACAAGUUACCUGGCGUGGUGAUGGAGAGUUUUUUGCUAUAGUCGUUUGCCCAGAGACAGGGGCUCGAAAGUUCAGAGUGUGAGGCCGGGAGUUUGCUUUACAGUCAGCCAGUGAGCCUGUGGCAGGAGUGGGACCUGCUCUGGCUCGGAAGCCCUCAGGCAGUUUGAUUGCAUCUAUGCAAGAUAAACCCAAUCAGCAGGAUGUUGUGUUUUUUGAGAAAAAUGGACUUCUCCAUGGACAUUUUACACUUCCUUUCCUCAAAGAUGAGGUUAAGGUUAAUGACCUUCUCUGGAAUGCAGAUUCCACCGUGCUUGCAGUAUGGCUGGAAGACCUUCAGAGGGAAGAAAAUUCCACUCUAAAAACCUAUGUUCAGCUCUGGACUGUUGGAAACUAUCACUGGUAUCUCAAGCAAAGCCUGCCCUUCGGCACCUGUGGGAAGAGCGAGAUUGUGUCCCUGAUGUGGGGCCCAGUGACCCCAUACCAGCUGUAUGUUCUCUGUCAAGGCUGGCAUUACCUCUGCUAUGACUGGCACUGGACGACUGACCGGAGCUCAGGAGAUAAUUUAAGUGACAUGGCAAAUGUGGCUGUUGUUGAUGGAAACAGGAUAUUGGUGACAGUCUUCUGGCAGAGUGUGGUUCCACCUCCCAUGUGCACCUACCGACUGCUGCUCCCACACCCUGUAGCUCAAAUCAUGUUCUCCACACACCCUAAAAAGAGUAACGACCUCGCUGUCCUAAAUGCCAGUAACCAGAUUUUUGUUUAUAAAUGUGGUGAUAGUCCAAGUGUAGACUCUACGGUGAAACUGGGAGCUGUGGGUGGAAAUGGAUUUAACAUUUCUCUUAGAACACUUCAUCAGGACAAGAGAUACACGUAGGUUGUUCUUAGUUGCCUUGGAACUCUGGGCACAGAAGCAGCCAGCAUUUAGUCCUAAAUUCAGCCAACUGUUAUUAUCUUAUCCUGUGCCUGUUGCUCAGUGGAACAAGAAGUAGAUACAACACCUGGGCCCUGGUUUUUCAGCCUGGUUGGGGAAGUCAGUUACCUAUAUAUCUGAAUGUCAUAUAUGCUGAUGGGCGGCAAUGGAGCAUAAGUCUUAAGCUGACUUAGAACCCAUUCCCCCACCAUCCCUCGGGGGUUUUCAACAGGGAAUAUCCCGUGGGAAAGAUGGAGAUGCAGAUGAUAGAGCACAGUGCAUUUGCCUACACAGAUGAGGAUACGUACAUUGUUAAUGUGCGGCUGACCUAAUGCAGUCUCUAGUUUGUCUCAUCCUACAGUGCAGAACUUUUGGCUGCUGUGUUUCGAGGCUCUCAGGUUGGAAAUCAGAAUUCAUUUUCCUAUGGAAACGAUAGUAUGAACAGUUGGAUAUAAUUGAAUACCUCAGGUACAUUAUAGGCAUUGUAAAAUGACCCAGAAGCCAAAUUAUUAAUUAUAAGUCCAUUUCUGUGAGAAUCCAGAAUUUGAUUCUGUUCUGUUUAAUGAGCCCAUGUUCUUUUUUUUUUUUUUUACUUUCCACUUUAUAACAAAGUGAACCAGCUAUACAUAUACAUAUAUCCCCAUAUCUCUUCCCUC